AUGCCGCCUCUUCACCCCUCUAGCGGAGCUGCAGGAGGCAGUGACAUGAAUCCUCCUUUCUCUUCUUCGUACAACCAAAACGCAGUUUCCUACGCUUCUCGUCCUUCCUCUUACAAUCCACAACCUUCGUCCUCUUACAAUCCACAACCUUCGUCCUCUUACAAUCCACAACCUUCGUCCUCUUACAAUCCACAACCUUCGUCCUCUUACAAUCCACAACCUUCGUCCUCUUACAAUCCACAACCUUCCUCCUCGUACAAUCCACAACCUUCCUCCUCGUACAAUCCACAACCUUCCUCCUCGUACAAUCCACAACCUUCCUCCUCUUACAAUCCACAACAUUCGUCCUCUUACAAUCCACAACAUUCGUCCUCUUACAAUCCACAACCUUCCUCCUCUUACAACGCACCUCCUUCCUCGUACAAUCAGCCUCCGUCUUCGUCUUAUCAACAGCCUUAUCCGCCUUCGUUUGCGUCCGAUCGUCCAUCCGGUCACGAUGCCGACUCGUCUUUUUCAGAAACCCCGCCCCCAGACUUCCCUCCGCAAGUCUCCUUCGCGUUCCUCGUGAAGUUUGCUGACAAGGCCUUCGGUCUCCAACGACAGAAGGGCGGCGUCUGUCCUUCUGCGCAGGAGCUGCUGCAACUCGUGGAUCCUGUCGAGCCUUGUCUCCUCUGCCUCGCCGCUCUCCACGCAAAAAACAAAACCAUCAUAACCGUUUCGGACGGGGUCAGUUGGUGUCGGAUCGCCUCCACGCAGCUUCCACCUCUCCCGCCAGGCGCUUCGGAGCCGCCGACUGAAGAGGGCCUUAACGCUGCCGCUCUCGCCCUUUCCGGCUGCGUGAUUCGUCUGGGAAAUAUCAGCAUCACCAGAACACCCCGAGGAAAGCACAUCAUUCUCGCUCGGGCCUUCCAAGUCAUUUCCCACAACUUCCAGGCAGUUGCGGAGCGACUGCAAACGCAAAGGCGACCGGAGGUGGUGUUUCCUUCUCUCCCAGAAGGAGGAGCGCCUCCUCCCUCUUCGCAUCAACCGCCUGCGCAUCAGCCUCCUCAUCAGCCUUCUCAUCCGCAGCCGCAUCCUCCUGUUUCUCGAGACGGCUGUAUAUCGGCAGAGACUCCGUUUCCGCAGCCGGCGGGUGAAUCCGAGGCAGCUACUGGAGCUCUCAGAGAUUCGCGGAACCUCGCAAGUGGACAGGAUCCGAGAGCCCCCGAGAAACAACUGCAGCCCGCAGGAGGCCUUCCUGGCCGCCAGGUGUAUGGACAGCACCCCCACGGCGGAGACAAUCAGGCAGGGCCGCAGAGACACCAGAGUGCGGCGAGUCACCGAAGUACACCCUAUCCAGUCCUCGGGCAGCCGCAACAAGGCCACCUCGGGCUGCGGCCGAUGGGGGCAGAAAGUUUCAUUCCUCUCAAAGAUUUAACGGCCUAUGUCGCCAAAUGGACGAUUAGGGCUCGCGUCGAUGUCAAGGGAGACAUUCGAAAAUACAACGGCGCCCGCGGGCCUGGACAGCUCUUCAAUGUCGAGUUGAAAGACAAAGACGGCGAAAUUCGAGCGACUUUUUUCAACUCCGCAGUCGACAAAUGGUACAAUGUCCUUCAAGAGGGAAAGGUUUACUAUUUUCGUGGAGGAUUAGUAAAGCCGAAGAACCCUCGUUUCAAUCAUACACGCCACGACUACGAGCUCACGUUUGACGAAAAAUCUUCGAUUGUCGAGGCGGAACCAGGCGCGGACAUCCCUUCCAUCUCCAGGGCAGACUUGGUGGACAUUCGCGGAAUCGAGGAGAAGGAGGUGAACUCGACAGUCAGUCUGAUUGCGAUCGUCCACGACUAUCGGCCUAUUCAAUCGAUUACCAUCAAGUCCACAGGCCAGCAGAAACCGAAGCGAGAUGUCUUUCUUGUCGACGAAGGCGGCCGCUCUCUCGCCCUCACGCUCUGGGGAGACAAAACAGAAACGAUUCCAGAGGACCAACUCAGUCAAAAACCAAUCGUUCUCUUCAAAUCUGUGAAGGUCGGAGACUGGAAUGGAAAGAAACUGGACUCGCAGGGCAACACGCGCAUUGAACUCUUCCCAGACGGCAACCGAUCCGCCGAGCUCCAAGACUGGUGGAACCGCGAAGGAAGUCAGCGUGGGAGUUUCGCCUCCAUUUCAGGCGGUGGGGGCUUGGGCGUCGGUCGCAAAGAAAUCCUAAAAUCUCUUGAACAAGUUGCACAAGAAGCGGCUCAGGCUGAAGCUUCCGUCCUCUCUGACAAAGGCGUCUACGCGACUUCCUGCGCCCUCCUAGAGCGCAUUGGAGACGACCGUUUUUCCUGGCCGGCGUGCCCCGACUGUCGGAAGAAGAUGAGCGAGGAGGUGACGGGUUGCUGGCAGUGUCCAAGUUGUCGAAAGCAAUGCGAGCAGCCGAACCACACGUACAUGCUGAACAUGUCGCUGAUGGAUUUAACGGGUUCGCUUCGGUGCAGCUGCAUGGGCGAGAAAGCUGAAGAAUUCAUGGGGAACACGAAGGCGGAAACGGUUCUUCUUCUCGCCGAACACAGAGCGCUCGAUGAACAGGGACGUUCCUUUCAAGACAUUUUCGCCGACGCAAAUCUAGAGGAGUGGAUCUUCCGCAUCUGUUCCAAGUACGACUCGUGGAUGGACGAAGUGUCGAUUAAACAGAGAGUCGUCGCGGCUGCGCCUCUGUUUCGGCGCGUGGGAGAACAGACGCAACAUCGUCUCGAUUUCGUCCGAACUGCUUUUCACCAUCUGAACAUUCCUUUCCCCUGA